AUGCCGCCGCGUCGCAAACAACCGCUAGAACAGCACGACACGAACGCCCAACCCGCCGCAUCCUCCCGUUCCUCCCGCUCGUCCUCAUCAACCAACAAACACAAGCAGGCACUCGCGGCUGCCGCAUCGCGUAGGGCGACGAGGAAGAGGGUCAGCGAGGCUAGUACGGCUGCUACCGAGGAGGACGAGGAGGAGACCGAGGACAGCGAGGGGGAGAACGUGGGACCCGAGGGAGACGCGACAGAGGAGGAGGACGAGGACGAGGACAGCGAGCCUGUCAAGCCGAAGCGCGGGGCGGCAGUUCGCGGUGCACGAGCAGUGAAGCAGGAACCCGCGACGGGCAGGACGAGGCGCGCACCGGCGAGUGCUACGGCAACUUCGAGGAGGAGGAAUGUACGGGAGGACACCGUCUCGACCGCUGCGUCCGACGACGAGCACGAGGAUCACGAGGAGGAAGAGGAGGAGGAACCGGUCAGGGCUCGUUCGGCGCGCUCGUCACGCACCUCUCGCUCGACGGCCACUGCCGCCCGCUCGACUCGCGGCAAGAAGGCUUCGACGCCCGAACAGCCCGCCGCACCGCUCUCCCCGCCUGCUACUCCUGCCGUCGACGAAGACGACGAGGAGGACGAGGCCGAGCAGCAGGAGGGCCAAGACGAAACGGAAGAAGAGGAGGAAGAGGAAGUCAAGCCUCGCGUCUCCGCCUCGAAGCGCAAGAAACGCGUCUCGCUCGCGCCCGCCUCACCCGUCAAGCAACCUGUCCUCCCUACUCCCGAGCCCGAGUCUUCAGCUGCCGAAGAGGAGAACGACGAGGAGGAGCAGACGGCGCAGGAGGACGAGGAUGACGGGGACAGAGAGGAGACGCCUCAGCCUCCUGCCACGACCAAGUCUAAGGCGAAGGGCAAGCGUCGCGCUGUCGUCCAGUCCGACGCGGACGAGGAAGACGAGCUCGCACAGCCGGCUGCUUCCGCCGCCGCCCAGCAGGUCGCACCGCCCUCGCCCGCUCCUUCAGCCACGCCACGCUCUCGCUCGACUACCCCAACACCCGCCGAGCCCGCCGAACCCGUCGUAGCACCCGGUCCCGCCCCCGUCGCACCUGCCAAGCCCGCCCCUCCUACCGCCCUCACCGCCUCAGCGCUCGCCUCAAUCGCUCGCCAGGCCGCUAUCGACCAUGCUGCGCAGGCUGCCGAGCGCGCGAAGGAGCUUAUGGGCAAGCCGAGGCUGGUCAUUCACCAGCUUGUUCUCGAGAACUUCAAGAGUUACAAGGGGAGGAACACGAUCGGGCCGUUCCACAAGGCUUUCUCCGCCAUCGUCGGCCCGAACGGGUCUGGCAAAUCCAACACGAUCGACGCCUUGCUCUUCGUCUUUGGUUUCCGCGCGACCAAGAUGCGUCAAGGCAAGUUCUCCGAGCUAAUUCACAACUCGGGCGUUGCGAGUGGCGCGGAAGCCGCUCUUGCGCCGGAGGGAGAUGCAGACGAGGACGACGAAGAUGGGUUCUUCAAUCCUGAGGAAUACGACUCGGAGGAGGAGGUCGAGAUGAGGAAGCGCAAGGGGAAGGGUAAAGCCAAGGGGAAGAAGACGGCGAGGAAGGUGCCGAGUUAUGCGGCGGCGGGAGGGUGCGACUUUGCGACUGUCGAGGUCUGGUUCCGCGAGAUUGUCGAUUCGCCCACUUCCCGCGACGACUUCUCCGUCGUUCCUCACUCGCAACUCGUCGUCGCCCGCACCGUUCGCCGCGACAAUUCGACGCGCUACACCGUCAACGGCAAGAAUGCGACGCCGGGAGAGGUCAAGCAGUUGUUGCUCGGCAAGGGUAUCGACUUGACGCACAACAGGUUCCUGAUCCUUCAGGGAGAGGUCGAGUCGAUCGCGCAGAUGAAGCCGAAGGGCGCGAACGACCACGAGGAAGGCCUGCUCGAGUACCUCGAGGACAUCAUCGGCACGGCCAAGUACAAGCCGCUCAUUGAGGAGGCGUCGGUCGACGUUGAGAGAUUGGGCGACGAGCGGGCCGUGCAGAUGAACCGAGUUAAGCUCGUUGAGAAGGAGAAGGGCGCGCUCGAGUCCCGCAAGAAAGCCGCCGACGCCUACCUCCACGACCAGCUCACGCUCGUCUCGCUUCAGAACCAGCUCUACCAGCGCCACGCGCACCAAGCCGGCGCCGACCGCGUCGUGUACGAGCAGCAAGUCGCCGAGGCCAAGGCCGAGCUGGACGCCGAGAUGGAGCGCCAGAAGAGCGAUCGCGAGCGGUACGAUCAGGGCGUCGAGCAGUACGAGGUGACGAAGAAGAACCUCAAGGAAAUUGAAGACGCCGCGAACGGGCUUGCCAAGGAGCUCGCGACGUUCGAGAAGGCGAAGGUCCAGCUCAACGUGCAGAAGAAGGCCGCUGACACCAAGUACGCGAAGCUCAAGAAGUCGCUCGAGGAGGACAAGCACGCAGCGCAGCAGGCGCAGUCCGACAUCCGCGACCACGCCGACACCCUCGAGAAGCUCGUCAGCUCAAAGGACAAGCUCAAGGCCGAGCUGGAGGAGGAGCAGGCGGCGUUGACCAAGGUCAUGGACAGCUUGCGAGACAAGAUCGAAGGCUUCUCGGUGGAAAUUGAGCAGCACCAGAAGUCCCUGGCGCCGUGGACGGAGCAGAUCGAAGCGAAGCAGAACGAGGUCAAGAUCGCGACGCAGCAGCUCGAAGACGUCCGCGGCAAGAGCGCCCAGGUCGCUGCCGACAUCGAGCGCACUGAGAAGGAGAUCGAGGAGCUCAAGGAGGCGGCGAAGGAGAAGGCUGUCGAGCUCAAGACGCUGCAGAAGGGCCGCAAGGAUAUCCUCGCCCAAAUCGAAGACGCCCGCCAGCGCGUCCAGCAGGAGAAGACGGUCGAGGCGAAGCACCGCGCCGUCGUCAACAGCGCGCGCGAGAAGACGGCCGAAGCCAAGGCGAGCCAGAAGGCGAGCGAGUCCAAGGGCCACGUCCUGUCUGCCGUCCUCAAGCUCAAGGAGCAAGGCCGUCUGCCCGGCUUCCAUGGCCGCCUUGGCGACCUCGGGCGAAUCGACGACAAGUACGACAUCGCCGUCUCUACGGCUGCGGCUUCCGGUCUGGAGUCGCUCGUCGUCGACACUCGUGAAACGGCCGAGGCCGUCUUCGACCACCUCCGCAAGCACAAUAUCGGCCGUGCCGCCUGUAUCGCGCUCGACCGCUUCGGCAAGGGCGACUUGUCGCCCAUCAAGACGCCGCAGGGCACGCAGCGCCUGUUCGACCUCGUCACGCCGAGAGACGCCAUCUACGCUCCCGCCUUCCGUCAUGUCUUGAAGGACACGCUCGUUGCGCCGUCCUGGGACAUUGCGCAUCCUGUCUCGACCGGCAAGGUUGACGGUCAGCGGUGGCGUGUCGUCACGCUCGACGGCAACGUCGCCGAGAAGUCGGGUGCCGCGCAAGUCGGCGGCUCGCGUCCAAUUCGCGGCAAGAUGUCGUCCCGCCUCGCCGCAGACGACGUUUCGCCGCAACAGCUCGCGAAGCUCGAGUCGGAGGAAAAGACGGCGACUGUCAAGCUUGAGCAAACUGUCGAGCAGUCGAAGCAGGCGGAGUCCGACUUGAAGGUUCUCGAGAAGCAGCUCGCUCAGGCCGAGUCCUCGAUCCCCAAGGCCGAGAUGGAUCUCGAGGCGAACAAGCAGGACGCCGCGCAAAAGGCGGAGCUGCUUGCCGAGCUUCGCGGCCAGAGCAAGCCCGAUGCCGGCGACGUCAAGCGCGUCGCCCAGCUCGAGAAGGCCAUCGCGACGCUUGAAGGCGAGCUCGAGUCGCUUCGCAGCAAGGCGGCCAAGUUCGAGGACAAGAUCGCCGCUCUGCAAGCCAAGAUCGAGGAGGUCGGCGGUCUCAAGCUCCGUAGCCAGAAGGCUAAGGUCUCUGACCUGCAGGACCAGAUCCGCCACAAUGAGUCGCGACUCGUCAAGGCGAAGACCGAGCGGGCGAAGGCGGAGAAGGACCACGCCAAGGCGACAAAGGCCAUCGAGUCCAACACCGCCAAGAUGCAGGAGCUGGAGAUCGAGCUGAAGGACCUGCGGCGCCAGCUCGCCGAGAAGGAGGAAGAGGCGGAGCCGAUCAGGCAGACCGUCGAGGCUGCGCAGGCCAAGGUUGAGGAGGGUCGCGAAGAGCUCGGCAGCCUCAAGGCCGAGUUGGACGAGCAGGAGGAGGCGAUCAUCGAGUUCAAAAAGGCAGAGGCCAAACUUCGAACGAUCUAUACUGAGCAGGAGAAGUUGCUCAAGGAGACGACGCGCAUCUUUGAGCACUGGACGGCCAAGAUCAGCUCGCUUGAGAUGCCCGAGUUCGAGCUGCUCGGCGACGCCGACGAGGAGGAUGAGGACGGCAACCGACCGCCGAAGGUUGAGGAAGUCCUGCGACAGCUCGAGCCGGAGGAGAUCGAGCAGAUCGACGUCAAGCGGUUGAAGGGCGAGAUUGCGCUUCUCGAAGAGCGACUGGAGAAGAACAACGCCGACCUCGCUGUCCUGCAAGAGUACAAGCGGCGCGAAGAAGAGUUCCGGAGACGAGGCGAGGAGUUCGAGGCCGUCUCGAGGGAGUGGGACGGUGCGAAGACUCGGGUCACCGAGCUGCGCAAUGAGCGCCUCGUGCAGUUCAUGCAGGGCUUCGGCAUCAUCUCGAACAAGCUCAAGGAGAUGUACCAGAUGAUCACCCUCGGCGGCAACGCCGAACUCGAGCUCUACGAUUCGGCAGAUCCCUUCUCUGAAGGCAUCCUUUUCUCGGUCAUGCCGCCGAAGAAGAGCUGGAAGAACAUCUCGAACCUCUCGGGCGGCGAGAAGACCCUGAGUUCGCUCGCGCUCGUCUUUGCGCUCCACACGUACAAGCCGACCCCGCUAUACUUCCUCGACGAGAUCGACGCUGCCCUGGACUUCAGGAACGUCUCCAUUGUGGCCAACUACAUCAAGACGCACUCUGUAUUCAGCCAGUUCCUCAUUAUUUCCCUCCGCAACAACAUGUUUGAGCUGGCGGCGCGCCUUGUCGGCAUCUACAAGGUCUCGAACCAGACCAGGAGCAUUGCGAUCGACAACAAGGAGCUUUCCGCAGUCCCUGAUGUGCCCAGCACCGCCCUAGAGGAGGAAGAGGUAGAUGAUCAGGAGGAGGGGGAGGAGGAGGAGGAGGAGGAGGAGGAGGAGGAGGAAGAGGAGGAGGAAGCGGGCAGCGAGGAUGAAGACGAUGCCUAG